AUGGAUUCGCGAACCGCAAUUUCGAUGGAUGAUGCCGAAAGUAACAGUCAUUUAUUCCUUUCCGAUGAAAGAAAGGGAGUUAGCCACAAUUUUGGCACCCCCGAUUAUUACCACAGCAGGAGGGAGAACAAGUUUAGGUUUGCGCCGGGUCACAGCUACGAUAAGAGGUACGGUCAAAGGUACGGUAAUAGCAACGGACAAAACUACCAUCACACCAACGGUCAAACGUACAAUCACCUCUGCGAUAAUAGCUAUGGCCAUGGUUAUGAUCAUACCGGCGGCCUCAACCGCUGCCUCAGCCGCCGCCUUAGCCGCGACGUUUCAACUCCUCCCGGCGUCGUCGAUUUGAAGAACGCGAAAAAGAGGUUCGAGCUCGACUCUUCCGCAGCCCCCAAAAGUUACAGUCACGUUGCUAACGGGGAAGAUUCAAAGCUGCUUCGUGGCAACGUGGAGACGUUAUCAGAUGUGGCACUCUUUGAAGACGGCCCGAGAAAGGGCGAACCCGAGAUUUUUGCGAAUCUGCAUGGCACCAGUUUGCAUAGCGCAGAUCAUGAUUCGAAGGUCGCUACACAUCAUCAUAUAUUCCACAGUGCAAAUUACGCGGGGGAGAUGGAGACGAUGGGGACGGUGGGAAGAGUCGAGACGGUGAACCGGAGGAACGAAGGAGACCUCUCAGAACGGACAGAUCAUCCUGCAUUGGGACAGGUGGACGACGAACCAGUGGAGAAGGAGCAGACAUUCCAGAGAGCAAUGAUUGCCCACAAACCGCAUGACCUGAGUGGCAACGGACCCAUUUACUCCAAGGAGUACAAGGAGUACAAGGACUACAAAGCGAACAACGAGAAAGUGAGACAAAAUAAUAUUAACAGUCAGAUUUUUAAAGACAUCAGAAGAAGCAAAUCAAAUUAUAAUUUCAGAAAUAUCGUCAUCACGAAUGUCUUUUUGGGAAACAUCCCACCGAACAUAACAGAAGAGAGGAUAAAAAACGUGUUGGAAAUCUUUGGCUACAUAAUACACAUUGAGUACAAAUGGUCUAUCGAUAAGUGGUCCUAUGCAUUUGUCUACUUUGUUGACGAGAAGUGUGCAAUAAAUGCAGUGAACAUUCUGAAUCAGAAGAAAUUUUUCGACAACUCUCCCAAUCACAAGUUGAUCUGCUUCAUCGUUUCGAAGCAGAUUCCGAACCAGAAUACCCUUCACUACAGCAAGGCUAAUUUUUCCCUCCUGAAGGACGGCCCUCCUGGCGCAAAUCUCUUCCUGUAUGGAAUCCCCCUCAAGUGGACCGAGCUGAACCUGAUUCAAUUGGUUAAUAAAUAUGGUCACGUGGUGGGUCUCAGGAUCCCAUACCUAAACAAUGAGCAUGAUAAGAAACAGGGGAAUAGAGGCUUCGGUUUUGUGUCAUACGAUAAUAAGAAGUCUGCCAUUGAGGCAUUUGAGGAACUGUCAAAGAUGUAUAUCCAUGGGAAGCUCCUCAAAGUGCAGCUGAAAAAUGGCGAGGAGCAUCUGUUGCCGCCAAAGUUGAGGGGCAUCUACAGCGUCGGCGUGGCAGGAAACCCAAACAUGGGAGGAAACCCCAACGUGGGAGGAAACCCAAACGUGGCACCCAACCCUAACCUUAGCAUGAACAUGAACCUGAACAGCAAUGUGAACAUCCAGGCUAAUCUCAGCAUGAACCCUAAUUUGAACUUCCACGUCAACCCUAACUUGGACGAGCAGGUGAACGGGCAGGUGAAGGGCCAGGCUGAUGACCAGGCGGACCACCAGGCGAACCAAAGUAACGCAAAAGACCCGGACAGCAGCAAGACGGCGCAGAGCCUCGUGAGCACCACCGACACACUCAAGACGCUCAACUCGAUCAAUUCUGUAGAUGCGGCGAAGAAACCGAUAAGUAACUUCCCUAGCAGUGGCAGCAGCGCGAAUGGAGGAAGUGCCAACGGAGGCAGUGCCAACUGCAGCGGCAGCAGUCAGGGCGCCAACUUCCUGACGGGCAAGAACAUGAUGAGCAAUAACCUGAUGAGCAGUAACAUGAUGGUGGAAGAACCCUUGUGUAACGGCAGGGACAACCUCAUGGAACACAUUUCGACACCGGACCCGAUCUCCCCAGUGGAGCUGCUACCAAAUGACGUAGGUAGCAACACCAUGCCAUUGAGGAACUCACACGGAAGGUUCGUCAAACAUUUGUCAGACAACUAUUACAGUAAAUAUCACACGGCAAGGAAGAGAGUGAAUAAUUACAUGCACAGCUUUCAGCAUUCCAGCAUCCUAGCAAACGACGCCGUUAACGAGGGUAGCGCUGUUAGCGGGGUUAACGGGAUUAGCGGCGUUAACGCGGUUAACGGGGUUCCUUCUGCGUACCCAGUGGAACCGCUCAGCGCUUUACCUAAGACGAGCGACGUAGCGGAUGUCUUUCGAGGCACCGGUGCGAGUAGCAGCGGCCGUUUGUAUUAUAGUCAGAAGGGCGAAAGUGGGACCCCUUCUGGGGGUACACGUAGGAGCGUCAUCGGAUGCCUGAUUAGCGAUGAGAAUGGAAGUCAGCCCGAGAGUGUAGGCCGCCAACCCGAGAGUGGAAGCCCCAUCGAGUACUCAGGAAUGAGUAAAUACCCCCAUAACGUGGAAGGUGCAUCAGUCAAAAUGAAUCCUAAGAAUGAAACUACAACGUAUGACUAUUCAGAUGAUCGUUUUGACUGCGUCCUUAAUGAACGUGUUGAUACCAACGACAGGGAGACGGACAGAGGAGAGCUUUGCUCCUGGGGCAUGAGGCGAACGUUUCAAAUACCGACGGAACCAAAGGGAAGAGGAGUAAACAGUAAAGUGUAUUAUCACACGAACAGACUAGGAGGACAGAAAUUUCCAAUAAAUGGCAAUUCGACCGGUUGGUCCGAAUGUGGCCGAUUUGGGGAGGACACAAGUGCCGACAAAGUGCAGCUCUCCCGAUUGAAUCAUCUGAAGAAUAAGAUUUAUACGCAUCAGGGGAGAAACAUGUUCUGCAAUCCGAGUGUGGAGGGGAGGACGGGUUCGAACAUGAGCACUCAGAUGAACAGUCAGACGAACAGUCAGAUGAACAGUCAGAUGUUUGCGAAUGGUACGACGGGAGAGUGUAGCGUCGACGGGGGGGGCAGCGGAAAGUGGAAUGGGAAGAAGGGGGACGGGAGGAAAUGGGACGGCAACUGCAAUGCGAAGUGGGACGGUAAAUGGGACGGUAACUGGGACGGCAACUUGAAUGCCAAGUGGAAAUCAAACUGGAACAGCUUUGCGCCCCUCGGAGAGUCACUUAGAAGUGGGAAGGGCAGAACGCAGCUGGGCGGCGAAAACGGCAACAUAACAUCCUUUCUAAAUCAUAUCUGGUACGACAAUGGGCAGAGCGGCUCAAGUGCCCCCUGCAGUCCAAGUGCCGGUUGCAAUGGUGCUUACAGUAGCUCUUAUAAGGAUUUGCAUAACAAGGCGAACAAAGGAGAGUCGGACGAAUCCAGUAAUUCCCCCUGCAGCGGUGCAAACAACCAUGCCGUCAGUUCUAUUGGGAAGGACAAUUGUGGCGUGCGAAACGAAGCGAUGUGUAACGCGGAAGUGGAAGAGGCCCUCCUCGCCGAAGAGGAGAAGGGGGAUGCUCAAAUGGACAGAAGAGGCCAUCCCCAUCUGCAUGGAAAUGGAAAUAGAAAUGCAAAUGCAACCGAUUGGCAGUAUAGGGAAAAGGAGUGCGAAGAAGUGGACGGAGCAAGCCAAAGUGACGAGAACUUUUAUCUUAGUUUUGAUCACGAGGGGUUGGGCGACGCGGUCGUUGGAAGUAGCGGCAAUACGGGAAGCGGCGAAGACCCGUCCAACUACUCCAGAAACAUGCAGCUCUUCUUCUCCUUCCAAAACACAUACCCAAAUAAAAACUCACUAAACAUCGACGAGUGUAUUAGAAAGGAAAACAUGCAUCUGUAUGAAAUUCUGAACCCAAAGGUUGACCAACAAUCGGACAAGAACCUUCUAGAAUACUCCUUUAUGGACCUCCUCUCGAAGAACAAGAAAAACGAGAUGCAAUAUGAGGAGGAGAUGGAAGGACAGAUCCCAGAUCAGUUGGAUAGAGAAGCGAUGCAGGACGAAGCGGGGAAAGAAGUCCAUAAGUACAACGCCAUGUCCUACUUCCAGGAAGACUAUGACCCGAUGGUGCAUUAUGACCCCCCCGAUUUUUUCAGCGCGGGUCACUUCAGUUCUAGCUUUUAUGACCGCCUCGACGCCUAUGCCGCGGAUGAAAAUAAGAAGAGUGGCAACAACGGCAGUGGUAAUAACAACCGGGACAGUGGCAGUGGCAAUCACCACCCGGACAGCGGCAGUGGCAAUCACCACCCGGACAGCGGCAGUGGCAAUCACCACCCGAACCGCGGCAGCGGUGACAAAAGGCUGUUCCAGGAAGAAGGACUCUCCGAGGAAAACGAUCAACUUUUAGAUCAAUACCUCAGCGACAUGUACGUUUUUAAUGAUUAUACGGGUGCGAAUAAUUGCAGCAAGCCCAUGUUUAACUUCGAAGCGAGGAACGAUGGGGAUAGAGAUGCGGAUGUGGAGGCUUGUCGUGAGAAGAUGUGCUGCAACACGCGUAAUGCCAACCUGGACAAUGAGAGCAGCGGAAAGAGCGGUAGCAGGGGUAGCAGUGACAACAGCAGCAGCGGUAGUAGUAGCACCAGCUGCAGCAGCAAAAUCGUUUCGAGCGCGCAGGACAUCGCAAGCAAGCGCGCUCCGGUGUACUACGAAGACAGAAACAGGAGUGCGAAUUGCACCUUCAAGACCAGCAGCGUGGGAAAAGGUGCGUAG